AUGAAAGACAAAAAUAAGGCAAAACCAGGUUUCUUUCGUGGAACAACACCAAAAACAACAGCACCACUAUCAACGAGAGGACAGAACUUAACGGCAGUUAAACUUCGAGCAAGCGAUAACUUUAUUGAUGAUGGCAAGAUGAAGCUGAACGAUCAUUUAUUUAAUGGCAAUAAAGAUAAUGGUAUCAUCGAUGAAAAGGGCUCGGAGCUAGUGAAAUUCAAUCAGCUCGAACUGCUACGACAAAUAAAGUUUUCGGAACAGUAUAAAAUUAUUGGAUUGAACUUACACCGAAAACGACUUUAUGUGGGCACCAGUGAUGGUCAUGUGCGAAUUAUUGACCCAAAAAAAUAUGGAAAGAGCCGAUUUUUCAAAGCCGAUUUUCAGACUGACGAAAUAAAUUUUGGAACGAACGUUGAUCGCAUGGCAGUGCUACAAAAUGGUUUAUUGGUUUCUCAGAAUGCGCAACAAAUUUCGGUGUUAAAUUCGUCAAAACAAUAUUUUCACGCUAGUGUACCAUUCAAAGGAAAAGCGAUUGCCACUAACGAUACCGAUGUAUGCUUUCUAAUUUACCAUUAG